AUAGAGCCAACGUUACCCCGCUGCUGAUCCCAGUGGUUCUUGGGAAAUGGAGUCCAAGCUACCUUGAAACUUAACGGCCCAGGUUAUCCUUGAGACUCCAUUCCCCAGCAAGGUCUGCGCGUUGCGUGCGCUAUGGAGCUGCAAGUCGCAGAACUGAAGCAGAAGAUCGAAGACACAUUGUGCCCUUUUGGCUUCGAGGUUUACCCCUUCCAGGUGGCAUGGUAUAAUGCACUCCUGCCUCCAGCCUUCCACCUACCCCUGCCAGGACCUACCCUGGCCUUCCUGGUACUCAGCACACCUGCCAUGUUUGACCGGGCCCUCAAACCCUUCCUGCAGAGUUGCCAUCUCCGACCACUGACUGACCCUGUGGACCAGUGUGUAGCCUACCACUUGGGCCGUGUUAGAAAGAACCUCCCAGAGUUGCAAAUGGAAGUCAUCGCUGACUACGAGGUACACCCCAAUCGGCGCCCCAAGAUUCUGGCCCAGACUGCAGCCCAUGUGGCAGGGGCUGCUUACUACUACCAACGGAAGGAUGUGGAGGCUGACCCCUGGGGGACCCAGCACAUAUCAGGUGUGUGCAUACAUCCCCGAUACGGAGGCUGGUUUGCCAUCCGAGGAGUAAUGCUGCUGCCAGGAAUAGAGGUGCCAGAUCUGCCACCCACAAAGCCCCUGGACUGUGUACCUACAAGAGCUGCCCGAAUCACCCUGCUUGAAGGCUUUAAUUUCCACUGGCGUGACUGGACAUACCGGGAUGCUGUAACACCACAGGAGCGUUACUCAGAAGAACAGAAGGCUUACUUUUCUACUCCACCUGCCCAACGCUUAGCUUUGUUGGGCUUGGCCCAGCCCUCAGAAGAUCCUAGUUCUGCAUCACCUGAGCUUCCUUUUACCACACUCCCACCUAAGAAGCCCCAGAAUCCCAGCAGAGCCCGAGGCUGGCUCAGCCCCAGUAUCUCACCACCUGCAUCCCCUGGCCCUUGAUAUCCUCCCUCCUCUGAGACCCCUAUUUAUAAGUGGUACUUGGCUCUAGAACUCCUUUGGCUUUGGCAAGGCCAGAUAUUUUAUUUUGGGUACAGUAUUUGUUUAAACAGGCUUCAUGCCCAGUGUGGAGCCCAACAUUGGGCUAGAACUCACGAUCCUGAGAUCAAGACAUGAGCUGAGAUCUAGAGUUGGAUGCUUAACCAAAGGAGCCACCCCAGGUGCCUGGGUACAAUAUUUUUGAUACAAGGAUUGUAAUAGAGCUCUUCAGUGAAGAUAACAAAGCUCAGAAAAAUUUAGUCAAAAGAAAUGAAAGACAAGACAGAUCCAGAAUUCCCACCUUAAAAUAUAGGAUUAUUCCUUUCCAUUUCUCUCCAGUGCUCCAAGAUCCUACUUGUUACAGAGCCUAAAAGGCAAUCAUCUCCUACCUAACGGCACCUGCCUCACAGGCUUGUUGUGGGGAAUAAACACAUGCAUUUUUGAAACCAUGCCUGGUUUAUAUUAAGGGUUGUAUGAGCUGUCAUUGAAAGCCCUGGGAAUUCUGUACUACUGCUCUUAGGUCUUGCUUGGGAGGAGGAGGAUAGACUAGACUAGCUUAUGUCUGAAAGGGUACAUAAUACACCAGACUCAGUUUUGAAUCUUUCUUACCCACAAGGGCUCAGGAGAAACCCACCUUCACCUCCCCUAUACCCCUCCCACCUCAGAACAAGGAGAUGAGUGUAGCCUUCCCCUACAAACAACAGGGCAGUUUGUCUCCCCCUCCCCCUUUUAGUUUCAAAGCCUCUAAUUCUGAUCUUCUACAGAGCCAGUACUGGACAUUUAGAAGAGGCCAAGCUUCAAGUUCUCAUGCAGCCCUCCCAAUAGUAUAAAUGUCCAAGUAAUCUCAUUGGGGCCUCCAUCUGCAACCUGCAAUUUAUGCUUCACCUAUAGGACAAAUUGCAGUGUUUUGACCAACACUGCAGAUCUUGCUCUUCUCCCCCAAAUGUAGUGAAAAUGUUAACACCUGGGUUCAGUUCCUUUCCUGUGUCUACUUGCAUAUCCCCCCACCCAAUGUAACUUUGAUUCUGAGGCAGCUAUCAACCUUCAUUUUACCCUAAAAAAGGAAAGCAGAGAGUAAAUUACUCUUAAAAUCAAAGCUAGUGCCCCCUGAAAUGAAGACUCAACAAGGUCUCAGUUCAAGUUUAAUAGAAACAAAGAUCAAAAGUGAUGCCCCACUACUGUACACAUCAGUUGACUUGCCCCAUAGCACAGCAUGGGCCAUUCUCUCCAGAGGAAGAAAGGCUGCCCUCCCCAACCCCUGCAGGAAAGGCCUGUCCCAUCCCAUACCACAUCUGCACUGAAUCUAAAGUCUUGUGUCUUAAGCAUGACAAUAGUACAAAAGAGAUUUUGUUUUCAUGGCCAGCCAAUGCAGCCGGGCCCUAAAAAGGCCCAGCGCUCACUUCUGCUUAGAGAAAUAUUCUUUGCUCUUCUGGACAUCAGGCUUGAUGGUAUCACUGCCAGGCUUCCAGCCAGCUGGGCACACUGCAAGAGAAGAGUACUAUCAAUUAAUAACCUGCUCAGUGGUGAGUUCCACCCUCGUCCCAUGGACAAAUGGGUGACCAUCAGACAAAAGGCUCAAAACCAAAUCUGAUACCUUAAGAGGCUGAACACUCAGGAACCAGAAUACUUAUGCUAUAGCGUGAGAUAAUUCAAGUCUUUUAGUGCAAGGAUAACUACAAACAUAAUUCAAUCCCCACCACAGCCCUAAUGCUAUUAUAUCUAAUUUAUUCAUGCAGCACCUGAAAUUUAAAGAAAUUAAGUAACUACCUUACAAGCUUCAAUUGUAUGCUUUGGUCUACAAAUAAUCUGCGUAAUGCACAUACAGCAAAAAAAAAAAAAAAAAACCACAUGUAUUAAUAUUUGUUAACAGUAGACAGUGGAUGAAUCGGUAUUUGUAUUUCCUCAAUUAUUUUAUGCUUCAUGUAUAUCUUUAAAAAAAUUUUUUAUAUUUAUUUAUUUUUUGAGAGACACAGAGAGACAGAGCACAAGUUGGGGAGGGGCAGAGAAAGAAGACAGAAUCCAAAGCAGGCUCCAGGCUCUGAACUGUCAGCACAUAGCCCAACACGGGGCUCACAAACCAUGAGAUCAUGACCUGAGCCAAAGUCAGACACUUAACCGACUGAGCCACCCAGGCACCCCUUCAUGUGUAUCUUUUUAAAAAUCUUAAAUGCUCUUCAAUAAAUGGUGCUGGGACCAGCUGGACUUCCACAUGAGAAAGAAUGAAGGCGGAUCCCUAUUUUACACCUCAUAAAAAAAAAAAAAAAAUCAACUCAAUGGGUCAACCUAAAGAUAAGGGCUAAAAUCAUAAACUCUGGAGAAAACAGAACUUCACAACCUUGGAUUUGGAAAUGUAUUCGUAGAUAGGAUUAUAAAAGCACAUGCAACAAUAAACAGAUAAAUUUGACGAUCUAAAUUAUAAACUUUUGUACAAAGGCCUUUUUUUUUUUUUUUAAGUUUAUUUUCAUUUAUUCUGAGAGAGAGAGUGAGCAGGGAGGAACAGAGGGAGACAGAAUCCCAAGCAGGCUCCACAAUGUCAACACAGAGCCUGAUGUUGGCCUGGAACUCCCAGAUCAUAAGAUCAUGACCUGAGCCAAAAUCAAGAGUUGGAUGCUUAACUGACUGAGCCACAAAGGUGCCCCAAAAAGGACAUUUUAAGAGUUAACACACAGAAUGGGAAUAUUUACCCAUCAUGUAUCUGAUGAGGGAUUAAUAUCCAAAAUGUAUAAAGAACUCCCACAACUGAAGAGAUCCAGUGAACUCGCCUGGGUGACUGUCGGUUAAGCAUCUGACUCUUGGUUCUCACAGGGUUUGAGCCCCAUGUCAAAUUCAUGCCCCACUUGCAAUUCUCUCUUCCUUUCUCUCCCUGUCCCUUCCCCACUUGCUCUCUCUCAAACUUAAAAAAGAACUUCUACAAAGAAAAAAACAAACAACAAAAAAAAAACCUCCCACAACUCAACAAAAGACACCCUAGUUCAAAACAGGCAAAGGACUUGAGUAGACAUUUCUCUGAAGAUAUGCAAAUGGUCAAUAAGCACAUGAAAAUAUGCUCGAUAUCACUGAUCAUUAGGGACAUGCAAAUCAAAAGCACAAUGACACCUCUUCACACCCACCAGGCUAUAUAGCAUUUAAAAAAAAAAAAAAAAGGAAAAAGACCAAGUGUUGGCAAGGUUGUAGAGAAUCCUUGAUGUUACUGGUGGGAAUGUAAAAUGGUGCAGCUGCUAUAGAAGAGAGUUUGGCAAUUCUUGAAAAAGCUAAACAGAACUACAUGACCCAGCAAUUACACUUCUAAUGUAAAUACUCAAAUAGGAACAAAGAUUCAGAUACCUGUUCACCAUUACUCUAGCAGCAUUAUUCACAACAGCCAAAAGAUAAAAAACUCUGUGUCCAUCAAGAAAUGAAAGAAUAAAUAGGACAUAUAUACAUAAAAUGGAGUAUCAUUCAGCCUUAAAAAAGAAAGUUUUGAUACCACUGCAACAUGAACCUUGAGAAUCUCGAAUACAUUAUGCUAAGUGAAAGAAACCAAACAUAGAUGGACAAAUAUCGUAUGAUUUCACUUACAUGAAAUAUCUAGAAUAGACAAACUCAUAGACACAGAAAGUAAAAGUUACCAAGGGCUGGAAGGAAAGGGGAAUGGGGAGUUAAUGCUUAAUGGUUAUAGCUAUUUGGGAUGAUGAAAACAUUCAGAGAAUACUGGUGAUGGAUACACAAAACUGUGAAUGCAAUUAAUGCCACUGAAUUAUACACUUAAUGACAGAUUAGGCCACACUGUAUUGCAUUAAAAAUCUAAAAACUUUAGAGGUGCCUGGGUGGCUUAGUUGGUUCAGUGUCCGACUCUGGAUUUUGGCUCAGAUCAAGAUCCCAGGGUUGUGGGAUUGAGCCCUGCAUUGGAUUCCAUGCUGAGGGUGGAGCCUAAGAUUCUCUCUCCCUCUGCCCGUCUUCCCCAGUUUACAGGCUCUUAAAAAAAAAAAAAAAAUCACCAUUUGUCUACAUACCAAGAAAUAAGCUAAACAAACAAAGCUAGGACUGUGUAACAACAGUUAACACUAAGCUGCUUCUUCCUUCUGACAGCCCUUGGAGGAUCUGAAGAUAGCAACCAGUUUGCCUCCUCAGUGUUAACUGCCAAACUGGACAGCCUGAAAUACAUGGGGGCAGGACCCCCAUAACAGGCCCUAUUUGUCUAAGUAAGUGCCUUCUACCCCAUGGUAAACAAAGGUCUGCAUUUGAAUCUUUCAUACAUUUAUGCAGAAAGCAUAGCUUUUAACCUUUUCCUAUAAUCCUGAGCCAGCAAUGCUCCUUGGACUAACCUGAGGAGAGAGAAGCAAGGAAACCAAUCUCUGAUUUUUCACUUCCAUUUGCUAUUCCAUCUUCUAGGAGACACAUAGUCACCAAGUCCAAUAAUGAAGCAGCAAAUCUCUCUUGCUCAAGUGAGAGAAGGGGAGCCCCUUUCAGUCCAAGGAUAUCAUAGCCUUAGAUGUCACUCUGCAACCAGCUGUCUGGGAACAAAGUAUAGAUGGACCCAGCUGCCAUCCAUUACUUUCCUGGAAUCUUCACUUGAUUGUUACAAUUAUUAGCUUUAUUAGCACCAAAGGGUUAAAACACAGGUCCCUAAAGCAUAAAAAAGCUAGAGACCAAAGAACAGCAAAUAAGCAGAGACCAGGUGAGAGCCAGCCAGAAGUUUGAUAGUAGAUGUGAACAGGGAACCAACAAAGUUGGUCUUAGAAAACAUAUAACCUUUAAAAGAAAAGCCCAAUUAUAAAUCAUGACACAAAGAUAGGAAUAAUGAACCAGAAAAACCUUGCCAACUUAUUCUCAUGGGCAGUAAAGGUUCAUGGCACUUAAGAAUAUGUUAAAAAAAAAAAAAAAAAAGAAUAUAA